AUGGAAGGACAAAAUGGAAAGAAGCUCAAAGUGCUAUGUCUCCAUGGAUUCAGAACCAGUGGCAGUUUUCUUAAAAAGCAGAUCAGCAAAUGGGAACCUUCCUUAUUCACUCAAUUUGAUAUGGAAUUCCCAGAUGGUAAAUUCCCUGCUGGAGGGAAGUCUGACAUAGAAGGCAUCUUCCCUCCACCUUACUAUGAGUGGUUUCAAUUUGAAAAGGACUUCACAGUGUACUUUAACUUGGAAGAAUGCAUCGCAUACUUAUGUGAAUACAUUACAGCCAAUGGUCCCUUUGAUGGCUUCCUUGGCUUCUCACAGGGCGCAACUCUUUCUGCACUUUUGCUUGGUUACCAGGCACAGGGAAAGGUGCUAAAGGAGCAUCCACCCAUAAAAUUUUUUAUAUCAAUAUCAGGAAGCAAAUUCAGAGAUCCCAGCAUAUGCGAUGUUGCCUACAAAGACCCCAUCAAAGCUAAAUCUGUUCACUUCAUUGGGGAGAAAGAUUGGCUAAAACUGCCUUCUGAGGAUCUCGCAUCUGCAUUUGACAAACCACUAAUAUUAAAGCACCCCCAGGGUCACACUGUUCCCCGAUUAGAUGAAGUGACCACCAAUCUAUUGAGAAACUGGAUUAAUGAAGAAGUCCUGGGCCAACCAAAAGUUGGCGUCUCAGUUAUUGAGCAUGGGAAAGACUCUGAAAAUAAGUCAAAGAAGGAGAGCUUGCUAGAACCCUGUUCUACCAAUCCAGACAAUGACAACAAUUCUGAAACAGUAGAGGUGACCCAAGCCUGA